GGGACGUUCGAUAAGCAAUUCCGACAGCGGGGAGAGUUGGAAGAAGCAUUGAAGCUUCAAUUAGGUACUUCAGCAUUGCUCGAGCUGCUUGAGAACUUUAAAGAGCCGCCGUCUCAUAGAAAAACCCUGCUACCAGCCGCUAAUAACAACAAGUUGUGUUUCGCAACUACCCUACCUGAACUUCUGUGCUCCUUUGCGCGCCAUUACGGAUCAACAAGUAGCAAACGCUUAUCGUUCCGCCGAGGGCAAGGAUAUCGAAAUUUUCUCCUUCUUUACCACCAUCACUCCCCGCUUGCAGCAGCUCGCAGGCUAUGAUCACUUCUCCACCAACCUGCUUGACACGAUGGUUCAAUUCGCGGAACCCGGCCGACGCGCAAAACUCGCUGCCAAAGAGCAUUCGAGCGGCUCCAGUAAUCUCCCUUCCGACACCGACGAUUCUGUUCAUGACAGCGUGAAAGGCAGCCAGCCCGAAGAUGGGAGGGUCAACAAGAAGAAGAGAAGAUGGAGGCGGUUCAAAGAUGACCUACCCGAGCCUAAUGGCGACAAGUCCAUGUCGAAAAGGCGGAAUAGUCUCAGCAAAGCCGCCCGGGAUCCUCGCGACGAGCCUGAAAGAAAGGAGGGUAAGAAGGCCAAGGUAGUGCAGGGCACUGAGACACGGUCUCCUACACCCGUAAUAGACUUUGAUGGUCUAAGUAGGCCGAGUCGUGGAACUCGCGAACGACUCGACGAAAAUAGUGAACAGGCAGCCGAGCGACUCGACAAAAUGCGCGCAGCCGUUCGAACAAUUCUAGAAUGCGUCGGCGAAGACCCCGAUCGAGAGGGUGUAUUGGAUACCCCGGCCCGGUACGCCAAGGCGAUGCUUUUCUUCACCAAGGGAUACCAGCAGAACGUCAAGGACAUUGUUAAUGAUGCCAUCUUUCACGAGGGACAUAAUGAGAUGGUAAUUGUAAAAGAUAUUGAGAUCUUCAGCCUCUGCGAGCACCACUUGGUCCCCUUUACCGGCAAAAUGCACAUCGGAUACAUACCGGCAGACAAUGUCAUUGGCAUUUCUAAACUUCCCAGGAUAGCCGAGAUGUUUAGUCGAAGGCUGCAAGUCCAAGAGAGGCUUACGAAAGAAGUAGCGAAUGCCAUUAUGGAGGUCCUGAAGCCGCAGGGCGUGGCCGUCGUUAUGGAGUCGAGUCACUUGUGCAUGGUCAUGCGCGGGGUCGAGAAGACGACUGCUACCACAAUCACGAGCUGUGUGCUGGGCUGCUUUGAGCGAAAGGAGAAGACGCGAAACGAGUUUCUCAGUUUAGUUGGUCUCAACCGGAGGAUGUAGGUGGUUACUGCCAAUACGUCAUUGUUGACUUGCACGGUAUAUUUGAUUAGGAGUUUGGGGGUCGAGCACGGGAUCUCAACAUCAGCUCAUAUGCAUGGCAUCUAAGACGCUGGUUGGCAUAUAAAGGGUGGUACUUAUUAAGUAGGAACCAAAAGUCUCAACGACCAAAAAGCGCGUGGGCAAUUUUUUUUUAAAAAAGUUUCCGAGAGGCAUCUCUCUCUUCAAUAAAGUGUAUCAUGUACUGUCAAAUACCAUAACUGUAUCAUCCUUCUUCGCAACACCCCAGUACCUACGCUCCAAUUCAUUCCGCAAUGGCAAAGUCACAAUCUUUAUUACUCGGUAUUGGCCAUUGAUCAUUAAGGGCCAUGGAAUGACGACUGACUCAACUGUCGUUGGGUUGCCAAUGCAAGUGGAUCGCCCAAAUCUUCCACGGCCCACAACUUUGUACAUCGUUAUAUAAUGAUUAUUAAGCUCCAAUAAUACUAACUAAC